AUGUGGAAGGAUUGAAAAAACAAUGGGGAACUGGAGUCUCCACUCUUUGCUUAAUUUACAAUGCUACUGGCGAUCCCAUAGAUUUUUUGUUACCGAUCAUAGUUGGCAUGGUCAUAUUGGACCUGGUCCUUAUCCAACUCGGAUUGAAAAUGGUCAAUGGGGUGGCUUCCUUCAUGUCGAAACUUCCGGAACAGCCACAGGUUCUUCUGCUGCUGUCGUAUAUCGUGGUGUAAAUAAUAAUGGCCAACAUUGCGAUUGGAUGGCAGCAUGGUCCAACCCUUGGAAUCGAUCGACUUCCGACAAUACGGCAUAUACUGAGAUACGAGAAGAAGGGCAAUAUAUUAUACGACGAAGGACAAUUGGAAUUACAUCUCUAAUUUAUUAUAUGAAUCGGGUCUUUCUGAUUCAGACAGCAGGAAUGGGUGUGUAUCAGAUGUAAUCACAGGAAGUGAUAACAGUCCCAUAUUUGAAGGAAUAUUUACUCUUGCAAAUGCUUAAUGCUUCUCUUCAUGUGCACCUUUGAAAAUUUAUGUUUGAUCAUAUACUUACAAAUAAGUUCCGUACUCAUAAGUAAUUAAUGGAGAAAAAUGCAGUUAAUAUAUAA